CUUUCGGAAUUCCUCCACCGCGCCUCCUUCGUAGAGUACGGAAGCUCAGAGGGCCCGCGAGUAGCCAUGGCGGCGCACCUUAAGAAGCGGGUGUAUGAAGAAUUCUCUAAGGUGGUUCAGCAACCACAGGAGGAAAUUGCUACUAAGAAACUCCGACUGACAAAACCAAGUAAAUCUGCAGCACUCCACAUAGAUCUGUGUAAAGCUACCUCCCCAGCAGAUGCUUUGCAAUACUUACUUCAGUUUGCCAGGAAGCCUGUUGAGGCAGAAAGUGUGGAGGGAGUAGUCAGGAUUCUCCUGGAACAUUAUUACAAGGAGAAUGAUCCAUCUGUGAGACUGAAAAUUGCAUCAUUGUUGGGUUUAUUAUCAAAAACUGCAGGAUUUUCACCAGACUGCAUUAUGGAUGAUGCUAUUAACAUCCUACAGAAUGAAAAGUCUCAUCAAGUCCUAGCCCAACUGCUGGACACUUUGCUUGCAAUUGGCACUAAACUACCAGAGAAUCAAGCUGUCCAGAUUCGAUUAGUUGACGUAGCCUGCAAGCACCUAACAGAUACCUCUCAUGGUGUAAGAAACAAGUGCCUACAAUUACUUGGCAAUCUUGGGUCUUUGGAGAAAAGUGUCACAAAAGAUGCAGAAGGCUUAGCUACCAGAGAUGUCCAGAAAAUUAUAGGGGAUUACUUCAGUGACCAAGAUCCACGUGUCAGAACAGCAGCUAUAAAAGCCAUGUUGCAGCUCCAUGAAAAAGGACUGAAAUUACAUCAAACAAUUUAUAAUCAGGCCUGUAAAUUGCUCUCUGAUGAUUAUGAACAAGUGCGCAGUGCUGCAGUCCAGCUUAUCUGGGUUGUCAGUCAGCUCUAUCCUGAAAGCAUUGUCCCAAUACCUUCUUCUAACGAAGAAAUUCGCUUAGUUGAUGAUGCAUUUGGAAAAAUUUGUCACAUGGUCAGUGAUGGCUCCUGGGUGGUUCGUGUUCAAGCUGCAAAGCUAUUGGGCUCUAUGGAGCAAGUCAGUUCUCAUUUCUUGGAGCAGACCCUUGACAAGAAGCUGAUGUCAGAUCUGAGGAGGAAACGUACUGCACAUGAGCGUGCCAAGGAACUUUACAGUUCAGGGGAGUUUUCCAGCGGCAGGAAGUGGGGAGAUGAUGCUCCCAAGGAAGAAGUAGAUACUGGGUCUGUGAACUUGAUUGAGUCAGGAGCUUGUGGAGCUUUUGUUCAUGGAUUGGAAGACGAGAUGUAUGAGGUCCGUAUUGCUGCUGUGGAGGCUCUCUGCAUGCUGGCCCAGUCUUCACCCUCUUUUGCUGAGAAGUGCCUUGAUUUCCUGGUUGACAUGUUUAACGAUGAGAUUGAGGAAGUACGUCUGCAGUCCAUACAUGCUAUGAGAAAAAUCUCUAACAAUAUCACCCUCCGAGAAGAUCAGCUUGACACUGUCCUGGCUGUGCUAGAGGAUUCAUCCAGAGAUAUUAGAGAGGCUCUUCAUGAACUUUUAUGCUGUACUAAUGUUUCAACCAAAGAAGGGAUUCAUCUUGCAUUGGUGGAGCUGCUGAAAAAUUUAACCAAGUACCCUACUGAUAGGGACUCCAUAUGGAAGUGUUUGAAAUUUCUGGGUAGUCGGCAUCCAACCCUGGUGCUUCCCUUGGUGCCAGAGCUUCUGAGCACCCACCCAUUUUUUGACACAGCUGAACCUGACAUGGAUGAUCCAGCUUAUAUUGCAGUUUUGGUUCUCAUUUUCAAUGCUGCUAAAACCUGUCCAACAAUGCCAGCAUUGUUCUCAGAUCACACCUUCAGGCACUAUGCCUACCUCCGAGACAGUCUUUCUCAUCUUGUUCCUGCCUUAAGGUUACCAGGUAGAAAACUGUUGUCAUCAGCUGUUUCUCCCAACAUCAUGCCUCAUGAGGAUCCUUCCCAACAGUUUCUACAGCAGAGCCUCGAAAGAGUAUAUAGUCUUCAGCACCUGGACCCUCAGGGAGCCCAGGAGUUGCUAGAACUUACCAUCAGGGAUCUGCAAAGACUUGGAGAACUUCAGUCUGAAUUGGCAGGAGUAGCUGACUUCUCUGCUACCUAUCUUCACUGCCAGCUACUUCUCAUCCAGGCCUUACAGGAAAAGCUGUGGAAUGUGGCUGCCCCUUUGUAUUUGAAGCAGAGCGAUUUGGCCUCAGCAGCAGCAAAACAGAUCAUGGAAGAGACCUACAAAAUGGAGUUCAUGUACAGUGGUGUAGAGAAUAAGCAGGUGGUGAUUAUACAUCACAUGAGGCUGCAGGCCAAAGCUUUGCAACUUAUAGUAACAGCACGAACUACUCGAGGAGUUGACCCAUUAUUUGGGAUGUGUGAAAAAUUUUUACAGGAAGUAGACUUUUUUCAGAGGUGUUUCAUCGCAGAUCUGCCCCACUUGCAGGACAGCUUUGUGGACAAACUUCUUGACCUCAUGCCCCGACUCAUGACAUCCAAGCCUGCAGAAGUGGUCAAAAUUCUGCAGACCAUGCUGCGACAGAGUACCUUCCUGAACCUCCCCCUUCCAGAGCAGAUCCACAAAGCUUCAGCCACCAUCAUUGAGCCAGCAGGAGAGUCAGACAACCCUUUGCGGUUCACAUCUGGUUUGGUGGUGGCCCUGGAUGUUGAUGCGACCCUAGAACAUGUGCAGGAUCCUCAGAACACUGUGAAGGUCCAGGUGUUAUAUCCAGAUGGCCAGGCUCAGAUGAUCCACCCCAAGCCUGCAGACUUCCGGAAUCCUGGCCCAGGGCGGCACCGGCUCAUCACUCAGGUGUACCUCUCCCACACUGCCUGGACAGAACCAUGUCAGGUGGAAGUGAGGCUGCUUCUGGCCUACAACGCCAAUGCCCGCGUUCCCAAAUUCUCCUGGAUCGAGGGUGGUGAGGUGUCACCCCAGGUGGAAACUAGCAUCGAGGGCACCAUCCCCUUCAGCAAGCCUGUAAAAGUUUACAUAAUGCCCAAACCUGCAAGGCGCUGAGGCAAAAGCAGUCUGUACAGCCAUGGCCUAGACGGUCCUUCCUAGGUAUCAGACUGAGCCACAGCCUAGAGUAUUUCACCUGGAAAUGGUGUGUAGAGAAAAGGAAUGUGUGACCCUUAUAGUCUCAUCUGGUAUCAAAUACAGGAUAAAUUAUAUUAAAAAAUAAAAAAAUGCCAGGGGCAGAGGCUUGUGCCUGUCAUUCCAGCGAUUCAGGAGGCUGACCUGGGAGAACCUGGUCUAAGUUCUAGACCAGCCCAAGCAAUAUAGCAAGACCCAUCUCUAAAAAAAAUUUAAAAAUUAGCCAUGAGUGGUGGCAAGGGCCUGUAAUCCCAGUUCCCCAGGAAGCUGAGGCGGGAGGAUCACCUAAACCCAGGAGUUAGCAGCUGUGGUAAACCAUUAUUGUGCCACUGGACUCCAGCCUGGACAACAGAGUAAGACAUGUUUCUUUUUAAAAAAGAAAAGAAAGGGGGCGGCGCCUGUGGCUCAAGGAGUAGGGCGCCGGUCCCAUAUGCCAGAGGUGGUGGGUUCAAACCCAGCCACGGCCAAAAACCAAAAAAAAAAAGAAAAGAAAGGACGGCGCCUAUGGCUCAGUUGGUAGGGCGCCGGCCCCAUAUACCGAGGGUGGUGGGUUCAAACCCGCCCCGGCCGAACUGCAACAAAAAAAUAGCCAGGCGUUGUGGCGGGCACCUGUAGUCCCAGCUACUCGGGAGGCUGAGGCAAGAGAAUCGCUUAAGCCCGGGAGUUGGAGGUUGCUGUGAGCUGUGACGCGACAGCACUCUAGUGAGGGCCAUAAAGUGAGACUCUGUCUCUACAAAAAAAAAAAAAAAAGAAAAAUUCAAAAAUCUUCGAGUCUAUCCCCCCUGUUCCUCUUCCCACCAAUAAAGUUGAGAAAACACCAAGCUGUUGUAGUUCCUGGUCCUUUAAGAGACUGAUAUGGUUACAGCGUCAGCAUUUAUACCACAUGCUUACAUGCUGUUCCUCAGCUGUGAAACACAAAGAUCCAGUUUCCCAGCUACUUCCAAAGAAGUGGUUAUUUGAGCCAUAAUGUUUGUUUUUUUUUUAAGUGAUAGUCUAUUUUCCAGGGCUAACUCCAACACAGCUUUACCAGCUGUGCCUCUUUCCCUGUCCACAGUUCUGGAGGACUUUACACAGCUGUUACCUUGCUGAGAGGCCUCCUCCCUGACUUCGGCAAUAGCUGGGUCCAGGACUGACUGAGUAGCCAGAGAAUGAAUAAAUUCAUCCUUGAGGGAGAGUCUUGAUCUUGCCUGCCUUUAUUCUUAGAACUCUAUGGCUGUUAACAAAUAAUAAGAGAAGAGCCAUAGUAUAGAGAAGAAAUCAGGAUUAUAAAAAAGAGAGAUCCAGUAUAAGAAAUAAAGUCAUUUCCUGCUAUAUCUCUGAUGAACUGGUGCUGCAUUUUGGUUAAAGUUGCAAAUGCAAUGUAACAACAGGUCAGUGCUCCAGAGAGGUCGACCUGUUUGGCAGUGCCUGUGCUAUGUGCUUUCCCUGUCAUUUAAUCCUCACAAUGCCCAGUGAGGCUUAGACAUUAAUCUCUGGUGGCAAAACUGCAUAGUAAAUAGUAAAGCUUGUAUUCAUUCAAAUCCAAGAUCCCAAAAGUCUAAGCUGCACCACACCUCAGAGGAAGUAUGUGGAAAACAGCCUUCAAAAGUUCACCUCUCUAUACCUCAGAAUCCUCAUCUAUAAAAUAGAGAUCAUUAUACCUUAAGGGUUGUUGAAAGGAUGAAUUAAAUGAUGCUUGCUAGAAUCUAAAUCUGCAGCCAAUUUUGAUAUUUGGUACUUAGAGAACUUUUUGACUUUUGGUUUAUGUACUUUUGCCUGACAUUGUUAUAAGCCCUUUAUGUUAAUUAACUCAGUUAAUGCUCACAACCACCCUAUGAAGUAGGUACUGUUAUCUUCAUUUUAUAAACAAGGCAACUGAAGUUUGGAGAACUUAAGUAUUAAGUAUUAUUUGCUCUGCGUCAUGCAAACUUCUAAAUGACAGAUUUGGGAUUUGAAUCUAGGCAGGCUGCCUCCAGGAAGCUGUAACUGUUACAGAAGGACUAGGGGAAGAAAGAUAACUUACAGGGAGCUGACUUUUCUAGUGUGAUCACCUGUUUUGUGUAGCUCAAGGAUGUACAAAAGCCCACUGGUGAGCUCUCACAUGUCUAUAGCAGAGAUGCCCUGAAAAAGGCAUCUGCUUAAAGAUAAAUGAAGCUUGUAGGCAGGCUGAAUCAUGCUGUGGCCCAAACAAAAACACCUGAUGGUGACUGCUGGCUUGGAGUGUAGAUAAAAACAUUAAGACUCACAGCUGCUGACUGAGCCCAUCACGCUGUAAUUAUAGGCCUUCUGAGAAAAGAAUAUGCAGGA